UAUGUUCACGGGACUCAGAGUUGAAGGCUCCUCUCCCUACCGAGCAGCUCCGCGCGCGGCCCCGCCAGAGAGCCCGGCGCAACUACUUUCUUCCCUUCCUUCCCUUCCCUUCCUUUCCUUUCUUUCUUUUCUUCUUCCCCUUUUCCCCCCCUGCUGGGUAGUGGCGGCGGCGGGGUGGGGGGGACUUUGAAUGACCGAGGUCGUGUCCACCUUUCUCUUCAUGUCGACGUCCCUGGAAACAGUCACACGGAUGCCAUGGUUACUUCUGCCACGGUUCAACUUCUUCAUAAUUUGCCAAGGUGGAGUGGACUGUGGUCUUCUCAGGCUCAAGUGGUAUUUAAACAAGUGGCAGGACUUCAUGCACACACAACAGAAACCUGAAGAUAAGUGCAGACAUCAAAUGCAGAUGCCAUGGGGGAUGUCUGUCUAGGAACGAGAGCAGAGAUCUUACAGGUGAACAAGGUGAUGUCCAUCUUGUUUUAUGUGAUAUUUCUCGCGUAUCUCCGUGGCAUCCAAGGUAACAACAUGGAUCAAAGGAAUUUGCCUGAAGACUCGCUAAAUUCCCUGAUUAUUAAGCUGAUCCAGGCCGAUAUUUUGAAAAACAAGCUCUCCAAGCAGAUGGUGGACGUUAAGGAGAACUACCAGAGCACCCUGCCCAAAGCAGGGGCCCCCCGCAAGCCCGAGCGCGGGGAGCCGGCCAGGUCGGCGUUCCAGCCGGUGAUGGCAAUGGACACCGAAGUGCUGCGGCAGCAGAGACGCUACAGCUCGCCCCGGGUCCUGCUGAGUGACAGCACCCCCCUGGAGCCCCCUCCCUUGUAUCUCAUGGAGGAUUACGUGGGCAACCCUGUGGCGGCCAACAGAACGUCUCGGAGGAAGAGGUACGCGGAGCAUAAGAGUCACCGGGGGGAGUACUCCGUGUGCGACAGCGAGAGCCUGUGGGUGACCGACAAGUCAUCGGCCAUCGACAUCCGCGGACACCAGGUCACGGUGCUGGGAGAGAUCAAAACCGGCAACUCUCCCGUCAAACAAUAUUUUUAUGAGACAAGAUGUAAAGAAGCCAGGCCUGUCAAAAACGGUUGCAGGGGGAUUGACGAUAAACACUGGAACUCUCAGUGCAAAACGUCCCAAACCUACGUCCGAGCACUGACGUCAGAAAACAAUAAACUGGUGGGCUGGCGGUGGAUACGGAUAGACACCUCCUGUGUGUGUGCCUUGUCAAGAAAAAUCGGAAGAACAUAGAUUGGCAUCUCUCCCCAUAUAUAAAUUAUUACUUUAAAUUAUAUGAUAUGCAUGUAGCAUAUAAAUGUUUAUAUUGUUUUUAUAUAUUAUAAGUUGACCUUUAUUUAUUAAACUUCAGCAACCCUACAGUAUAUAAGCUUUUUUUCUCAAUAAAAAUCAGUGUGCUUGCCUUC